CAUGGGCGACCGGGCGACUGCUAAUUUUCAACCCUAUAAAUAGGUCACAAGGAAGUAUUUCAGUCGUAUGUUUCAGUAGUUUUAUGUCGUACGUCAAACAAACUACAAACUACCAGUUUUCAGAAAUGUCGGACCACACGACUUCAGACACGAAUUCAGCUUUGGAUACUAACAGUUAUGUUUUAGUUUUUGAACCACGAAACCCCAAAUAACAUGUUUAGUGAACCAAGCGCCACCAGCGAUGUUGUCCUACUGGUGGAGGACAAGCCGAUACAUGUCAACAAAGCAGUUCUGUCCUUGGUUUCACCUGUAUUCGCCGCCAUGUUUGAACUCGACUUCAAGGAGAAAUACGCAGCAGAGAUUCCACUUCCGGACAAGAGGUAUGAAGAUUUCAUUGAGUUCCUUCUGUGCUUGUAUCCAAACACAGUUAAAGAUGUCGACCAAAACAAUAUCGACAUUGUACUUCCCUUGGCCGAUGAGUACCAGGUGGAGAGUGUAAUGAGGAGAUCAGAAGAGAUGAUAGUACAUUCAGUUAAACUUAAUCAUAAAACAUUAUCUGCAAAGGAAUUGGCUAACUUUUUGUUAAUUUCGGAUAAAUAUUCUCUGAAGAAGUCACUUUUGGAGGUCACCAAACUAGUAGCAAAACGUCCUUACAUCGAACUAAUUCAGAUCGAAGAAUUCAACGAAUUAAACUCGGCUGUGAAAUUCGAUGUACUUAAACAACGACUGGAAUCGUUCGAAAAAUCAGCACUGACUGUAUUAUGUGAAGUGAAGAAAUUAUCAGAUGGCGCAACAAAUGUGAAACUGAAAAACUGUGAUGUACAUAGUACCCGCUGCGAAUUGUUCUCCUGUUGUGAACGAUGUGUGCAAAUCGUAUCACCAUCUUUGGACAGUAUUUUGAGCUCUUAUAAACAAGAAGAAACUGUUUUAAAAGAAACACUUAAGUAUUUCUCGAAAAGCCCACAUGACAGUGGUGAAUAUUUUGGAUAUAAUUUCAAUUUGUAUUCAGUCCAUCGUUCAUUUGUAAAUAUUUAAUUCAGCAGCAUUUGCAUCCAACAAUAAAGUUUAAACAAGUCUG